AUGCUCCCACGACCUGUAGUGACCCACGCCGGGCGCACAGCCCUCGAGAACCUUCUGCACCGUGAGGUUAGCAGCCGUGCGAUCCCCGCAACCUUCUUCGGCGCCGCCAAUGCAGACGGCGAGAUAUUCUGGUCGUGCGCUGGCGAGGUCGAGUAUGGUAGCAGCGCGCGCGGCGAAGUCACCGACCAGACGUGUUUGCAGAUGUUUUCCAUGACCAAGCUGGUGACAUCUGUGGCGGCGCUGCAGCUGGUCGACAGAGGCCUCGCAUCGCUUGACGACCCCGAGGUGCUGCAUGCGCACAUCCCCGAGAUCUCGAAGCAGGACAUCUUGGUCGCGUACGACGACAACGGGCCAGUCUACGUGCCUCGCCGGACACCGCUCACGCUGCGCAUGCUGCUCUCGCACACGUCGGGGUUGGCGUAUGCGCGCCGCAACACGCUGAUCCAACGGUGGCAGGAAGAGCACGACUGCGGUAAGCCAGGCGACGGGGACAACGAGGUGCUGGGCCCGCUCAUGUUCGAGCCGCGUACGCGCUGGCGCUACGGCACAGGUGUGGACUGGGCUGGCAUCUUGCUGGAGCGCAUAUCGGGCGACACUCUAGGCGCGUGGAUGCAAGCGAACAUCUUCGCCCCGCUCGGCAUCACCAGCAUGACAUUCGAGCCAGGGGAGGAGCACGAGGCGCGUCUCCUCACGAUGUGCUACCGUCCCUCCGGGGGGUCGGGGCCCAUCCACAUCCCCCCGCCGCACCAGCGGCCGCAGGGUGCACUUCCCGGCGACAAGGAGAAGAGGAAUAUGCGCGCGCGUGGGCGCAUGAACGGCGGCGGCGGUCUGUACGGCACGGCGCGGGACUACCUCCGUUUCCUGUCGGGCGUGCUGGCGAGCCGCGACGCUGCGCCGGGCCGCGGCCUGCUCUCGCGGGCCAUGUUCGACGAGCUGUUUACAAGCUCUCUCCCGCCGCGCGGACCCGACAACAAGUGCUAUGCGGACUGCGCGAAGAGCAUGCUCUUCGGCACCUUUACCGAUCCUCGGCACACGGACAAUGACGGGCAGGGGCUCGCGCAUUCGGUCGGCUUCAUGCUUAAUACUAUGGACAGCGUUCAUGGACGCCGCGCGUUUAGCGGGUGCUGGGACGGCGCAGCGAAGAGCGAGUACUGGAUCGAUCCGACCACGGGCGUUGCGGCCGUGUGUGCGACUAACCUCAACGGACCGAACCCAGACCACUUUAUGACGGUGUACAACCAGUUUGAGCGGACGCUGUACGACUCGCUCACUGUGCACGAGGUGGAUGUGCUCAAGUCGCAGUUGUAG